AUGGGAAAUCUUCUAAUCUUUUUUAUAGCUUCUUUGGGCCUCUGCCUCUUCGUAGCUUUGCUCUAUGUUUUGUACAACUAUUGGUGGGUACCUCAUCGUGUACAGUUCAUCAUGAGUUCACAGGGGAUCAGAGGACCUCCUUAUGAAUUUAUCCAUGGAAACAACAAACAAAUUCUUCAAAUGCAGAAGGAAGCAUAUAGCAAACCUAUGGCCUUGACGCACGAUAUAUUUCCCAGAGUGUUGCCUCAUGUUUACUCCUACAUCAAGAAAUACGGGAAGAAUUAUCUUAGUUGGAAUGGAGUUCAAGCUCAACUGGUAAUAACAGACCCAGAACUACAAGGUGACAGCCUUGUUACAAGCGAAAGUGAGAAACGGGCAAGGCAAAGGAAAUUGGCCAAUUAUGCCUUCCAUGGGGAGAGCUUAAAAAAUAUGAUUCCAGCAAUAAUUGCUAGCGUUGAAACGAUGCUUGAGAAAUGGAAAGGUAAGGAAGGCAAAGAGAUGGAAGUGUUCCAAGAGUUCAGAUUAUUGACUUCAGAAAUGAUAUCCAGAACAGCCUUUAGUAGCAGUUACUUAGAAGGAGAGAAGAUUUUUGACAUGUUGAUGAAGUUGUCCGCAAUUACAGGCAGAAAUAUGUAUAAAGCAAAGAUUCUAUUCAUCGGCAAGUUUUGGGAACCUGCUGAUGAAAUUGAAUCAGAUAAACUUGCGAAAAUGAUACAUGAUUCUGUGAUGAAGAUUGUUAAACAAAAGGAAGAGAAAGUAAUGACCAGAGAAGCUGACAACUUCGGCCGUGAUUUUUUGGGAUUACUUUUAAAUGCCUAUCAUGAUCCGAACGAGAAAAACAGGCUUUCGAUACAAUAUGUGGUAGAUUGGCAAGACAAAGCAAGAGCAGAGGUGAUUGAGGUCUUUGGUAAUCAAAACCCAAAUUCUCAAGGGAUCGCCAAAUUAAAGAUCAUUACCAUGAUUAUUAAUGAAACUUUACGGCUCUAUCCUCCUGUACAUGGCGUGAGAGGUUUGCUGAAGGGAUUGCCAAAGCUACCUACAACAAUGCAGCUGCAUUUCUACCCUUUGGAUUGGGACCUCCAUCUUGUGUUGGAAUGA